UGAGUAAUAAAGAGGAGUUUCUUCAGGCCUUUAAUCUUCUUUCAUUAUUUAUUUCCUUAUUAACCGCGAUCAAAACAUUGAUGGUGGAUCACGCGCGGCUGUGCUCGAGACCCGCGGAAUAACGUGCAUUAUUUUACAUCUAGCGCGUGUGUGUAACGAUGGCUCGCCCACGGCCACGGGAAUAUAAAGCUGGAGAUUUAGUUUUCGCCAAGAUGAAGGGAUACCCGCACUGGCCGGCGAGGAUUGAUGAGUUGCCAGAGGGUGCAGUGAAGCCACCUGCUAAUAAAUACCCCAUCUUCUUCUUUGGUACCCAUGAAACUGCCUUCCUUGGCCCUAAAGAUCUGCUGCCAUACAAGGAAUAUAAAGAAAAGUUUGGAAAGUCAAAUAAGAGGAAAGGAUUUAAUGAAGGCCUGUGGGAAAUUGAAAAUAAUCCUGGUGUCAAAUUUACUGGUUACCAGGUCAUACAGCAGCAGAGCUCAUCUGAGACAGAAGGAGAAGGUGGGAAUGCUGCUGAUGCAAGCAGUGAGGGCGACUCUGUUGGUGAGGAAGAUGAAGGACAGAUGAAGAGUGACAAGGCGGGAUCCAAGCGAAAAAAAAGUGCAGCCUCCAAGAUGUCAUCUAAGCUGUCCAGGAAAUGUUCGGGAGAUCUGGAGAAAGACGGAAAAGAUCCUGAAGGGAAGAGCGGCUCGGAGUCUGGUGACCAUGACAACAACAUCCAGAACUCUUCGGACAAAACAUGCAGUCAAGGGCAAAAUCUGUCUGUUCGGGAGGAUCGCUAGAUGAUCGUGGGACUGUUCAUCAUGGUCCAUUUGUUAAAUUGCCAAUGUACAUUUUGUCAUUGCCAUUUCCUUAUACUCUAUGCUUGCAAACAUCAACUUACUAUUUGUCCACACACAUACAGUACGAAACAAUAACACAGAACACAAAGGGUUCAUUCAUUUUGUGAGGUUUUACAGAACUAGAAUCACUCCCUCAAUGUCGUUUUUCAUUUAGAUUUGCUUUAGAUUUCCUCCCAGCGCUGGACACUUUUUUAAAUUUUAAGAAUCAUUAGUCUUUCAUAAUAGAUCCGACAGGUGAUCUGAUGUUUGUCUCAAAAUCAUCAUGGCCACGUUCUGUAACUUUCUGUAGAUUUGAUUUGGCUGUAGAAUCUUGAAGCUCGGUCCUAUAAUCCCAACUCAUAUCUGUUCUGUGUCAGUGAGCUUUGCUCUUUUUCUAGUGUCAUGUUGACUUAUAUAAAUCUUCAUUGCAUAGUUCACGUUUCAUCUGUUGGUAAUGUUUUCUGUUAGCAUUGAGUAUGUGAUCUUUUCUUGAUUUGUCAUUUAUAUAAAGAAUACAUACUAUUUAUUUUGCGCAUAGUAGAUGACACAAACGUGCUAAAGUCAUCAAUGUACAUUUCACUUUCAUUUUUAUUACCCUCAUAAAUUGGGAUUUUCGUUUAGCCUUUUUUAAGGUUUGUAGCUACAUGUAUAGUGUUUCUUCCUGUUUAUUGACAAGACUUUUACAGAAUAAACUCAUUGGAAUGCAA